UAUCAGAGAAAAGAAGAAACAUAUCAGAAAAUUAUUUCUAAUUUACAAAAAGAAUUAGAAAAUAGACAUUCUACUAUUAUAGAAUUAAUCGAGUAUGUUUUAAACAAAAUUAACGAAUCAGUUAGUACCGAUUUAGAAGUUUAUCAACAAGAAGAAGAAGUUCAACAAGAAAAAGUUAUUUAUCAACAACAAGAAGAAGAAGUUCAACAAGAAAAAGUUAUUUGUCAACAACGAGAAGAAGAAGUUGUUUAUCAACAAGAAGAGACUGACGAUGAAUUAGAUUAUAAUCCAGAUACAAAAUG